AUUGGAAGAGUUUCUGUUUCGGUUCUUAGUGACUGGAUUCCGCUUCCAACCCUUCAGCGGAAAUGGCAACGGCUGUGGGUUCGCCGAGGAGGAAGGAGAACAAGGAGCGGGUUCACGAUCAACAGCAGAUGCGUCCCUGUUCUACUCUCAGGAAACCUACGACGCCUGGAAAAGCGUCUCUUAAAGCUGACGACAAGGCGCCGGCGAGGACAGGUGCCUGUCGAGUCCCGUUAAAAGUGAACAACUCUCCGGAUAAUGGACCUGUUGGCUUGUCGACAUCUGCGCCACAACACAUCUUGCAGAGUAAGAAUGUACCUCGUGCGCAAGGAACGCCUGGUAAGACCAGAAUGCCCGGCGCUGCUCGGGUUGUGAAUGCUCAGGCUGGUGUCAAAUCAGUUUCAUCUCCGUCGAAGAUGCAGAAGCCAAGGGAGGGGAGUGUUGGCAGCGAGGCGAGCAAGUCUACAACCUCUUCCAAAGACGAUAAGCGAUGGUCGUUGGCGCAUUUCGACAUUGGGAAGCCUUUGGGAAGGGGCAAAUUUGGGAACGUCUAUCUGGCACGGGAGAAGAAGAGCAAGUACAUUGUGGCUCUCAAAGUGUUGUUUAAAAGCCAGCUUCAGCAGUCCAACGUCGAGCAUCAGCUUCGAAGGGAGAUCGAAAUUCAGAGUCACCUGCGACACCCGAACAUACUGCGCUUGUAUGGUUACUUUUACGAUGAGGUUCGCGUCUAUCUGAUUCUCGAGUACGCAGCGAAGGGAGAGCUGUAUAAGGAAUUGCAGAAGUACAAAUAUUUCAGCGAAAUGCGAGCCGCAACGUACAUCAUGUCGCUAGCCAACGCUCUGGUCUAUUGCCAUUCGAAGCAUGUCAUUCACAGAGAUAUCAAGCCGGAGAACCUGCUGGUUGGAAUUAAGGGAGAACUGAAGAUAGCGGAUUUCGGCUGGUCUGUGCAUGCCCCGAACAGCCGCAGGCACACCUUAUGCGGUACAUUGGAUUAUUUGCCCCCCGAGAUGAUUGAGGGGGCUGAUCACGAUGCCAGCGUCGAUCUCUGGAGUCUCGGCGUAUUGUGCUACGAGUUUCUGUAUGGGGUCCCUCCGUUUGAAGCUCAGGGCCAUAACGAGACGUACAAAAGCUCCUGGUUAAGGAUCCAAAGAAGAGGCUUGUUCUGGAGAAGGUGCUCGAGCACCCUUGGAUUAAGGCGAAAGCUGAUCCAUCCGGGAGGGUAAAUGGUAAUUAAUCCGAUGAAGAAAACCUUGUCUCCAUAGGUAUUCGUCGUGUGAGGACGAUCUGGGAAGCGGAAGGGUUCCGAUGCGGGCUCAUGUGGAACAUGAAUCUUCGUUGGUGGUUACUCCAAUCUGGCGUUGGCGAUGGGGAGUAGCACCCGCUGGAAAACGGGUCCAGCGUCUCUGAGAUUUUCGCUCUGGUGUGGGAGUGCGUGAAUGUGAGUGGUAUGUUCACCCGUAUAGUGAAUGAACUGUUUGUUGUCAG